UUAUGCUUUAAAUAUAACAACUUUGUGAAGACUCUGGUUUGUCAUGUGGAAGAGGAAUUUUCAUUGGAAUUUAUGCAGGCUUAAUUUUUGGCAUUUCAAUCUAUUGUUUAAUAAAACUUUAUGGAUUUAUGGGCAGAAUAUCCUAUGAAAUGAUUCCCUUGACAACAUGCGCAAUUUAAUCUUCUUUGCAUUUUAUUAAUGACAUCUUUUUGGUAACUAAUUCCAUGUAAAUCGUUAUAAUUUACUUUUGUUUACAGACUUUCAUAUUGAUAUCGCAAAGCUUUUUCCAUUUAUACUACAAAAUGACGUACUCUAAAGAAGAAUUUUAAGAAUAUCGAUUAAAAUAAAAGUACAGUUUGAUAACAUUUUACAUCAUAUUUACUUCGAUAAUUAUCUUUUAUUUGAUUUAAAUCGACGAUAAUAAUUGUUCAGCCUAUUUUGAUGUAGGAUUAGCUCUAUAGUUUAUAAUUAUUUUAUUUAGUGUUGUUAUAUCAAUAUUAUAUGGUUAGAAAUUAAAAUAAGAGAUGAAUAAGCAUGAAUAAACCAAUGUAACAAAAAUAGCAAAUUAUCAAACAACAGCUGUGUAGAUAGUAUUGACUACUUCUGCAAUUUUGGAAUUUAUUAUGUCAAUUUUAUCACUUACAACUUUUAAGGAUUUGUUCUGUAAUUUACCAUUAAAUAAUUUAAAUAAUUUUGAUGACGAAGGAUUCACAUCAGGAGAGAAUGUGUACUUAACUUUUUUCUCAAUGAUAGAAAUGACUCCUUGCAUUUUAGUACCCAUUAUUUUUUUUUAUUUGCCUUAAAUUCCAUAAUAAUAAAGUCAACAACACGAGUUUAACCUAAAUGAUGCCUUAAUAUAGCAAUCUGCAAGAUAAUCAAUGGAUUUUAGUAAUUUAAUAAAUAUGUCAAUUGAAUUGAAAUAAUGA